CGCAAAACAGUCGUGCCGCGCGGGCUGCGGAUGUGCCUUCCUACAUUGAUAAUGUUAAUUUAUGCCCAAACAUUUGCAAUUUUCUCGGUUUAACAUUCAAAUUCAGUAUGUUUGAAAGUAAAAGUGGUCUUUAAUCGGCUUUGUAAGUGGUAGUAACAGGAAGUUUAAGCACUGCCGCAUCCGAUUCGAAGCGCUUCUAGAGAGUGUGGUUCUAGUAAAACAUACUUUAAUAAUUCUUUCCGAACUGAUCCGUUGUAAUGCAUCGCGAUGGAGUUCCAGGACGAGAUUGUCAUAGAGCGCACCAAAAUAAUGGCCGCCAAUGCGGAAAACUCGUUCCAGUAUGAAGAGGUACAAAUCAAAGAAGAAAUUGCAUCUGAUUCAGAGGAAAUAGUACCAGUAAUAAGCAACGGGAAGAAAGCAGGGGCACAACAGCAAAGCAACAGCAAACAUCACGUGCACGAAGAAGAUAUUCUGUGUGGCCUUUACCCAUUGGAAGAUAACAACAAUAAUGCAAAAGCCAGGGCUAAGCAUCAAUGCGAGAAUUGCCUCGAAUCGUUCGACAGUAUCGUACGCCUGCGUCGGCACGAGCGAAAGCAUUGGAUGAAAAGCUGCCCAAUAUGCAACAAGAAGGUGCAGGUGGAUAAUUUAAAGUUUCACAUCGGCCGUAUGCACGGUAGCGAUGAGCGGUGCGCUGAAAAACGGCCCUUCCAGUGCACGGAAUGCGAUAAAUCGUUUUUUCUCCCGAACCACCUGUUAGAGCAUGGGCAGACGCACCAGAAGGCAAGCUGCCCGGUGUGUGGGGAAUCGUUCAGACCGUCCUACCUCAAGAACCACAUAGCCAGAAAGCAUCCGGAUGAUGACGUGGGACUUUCGAAAACCCCCACCGUGUACCGUUGCAGUGCAUGCAAGCAAACGUUUGUCAGUAAAUCCCUGCUCUGGACUCACCAGCAGAUGCAUAAGAAGGUGGAGUGUACGAUAUGCAACAAAACGUUCCGGCAGGAUGGUAUGAAAAUGCACAUGGCCACCACCCAUCGGGAGUAUCUGUCGCCUUCGGAGACUCCAUCGUACAAGUGUGAUAAAUGCGAACGGACAUUCCUGUACAAAAAGCAGCUGACGAAGCACCAACGCUAUCACCCCCGGAUGGUAAAGUGUGCGAUUUGUGAACGGUCGUUUAAAACGAACCACAUCAAAAUCCACACAGCAGAGGAACAUGGUGCACCGGAGUAAUGUGUGAUUGUAAAACUCUAUCGAAGCAAAAGUAGUAAAGAAUUUUGAAUUUUGAA